AUGGAGUCAAAUUCAAAUUCAAAUGAAACAAUGUAUGGUAAUCCAAAUAUUAAUAUGGGAUUUGUAGAUAGUGGUAAUAGUAAUAUUGGUAAUAAUACAGGUUCAAUGUCACCACCACCACAACAACAACAACAACCUCAACAAGCAUCAUCUACACCAGCUGGUAGUGUUGGUAUUGGUGGAUUAUCAUUUUCAUUAGGUGCCAAUGGAAUAUCAUUAGAACCAUCAUCAAUUUCACAUAGAGUUAAUGCAAUUACAAGUAAAAUCAAAGAGUUUAAACAAGAACGUAUGGAAACAACUAGAGAUUGGAGAUCAUUCGUUGGUAGUAGACAACAAUAUGGUUUACCAAAUAUUAAAGAUACAACAUCAAGAAUUAAAGAGAAUGUAGUUUACUUUCAAUCAAACUAUUUGAUAUUAUUCCUUUGUUUCUCUGUUUUCUUUAUCAUUACCAAUCCAUUCUAUUUAUUAUUACUUGGUGUACUACUUUUCAUCUCUGUUUACCUCCACAAUUCAACCACUUUAACAGAUAUUCAAAGAAAGAUUGCAUAUGGUAUUCAAGCAUUUUUAAGUAUUUAUUUCCUUCUUUAUGCUGGUAGUUCAAUUUUUUGGUUAGUUGGUGCAACUUGUUGUAUCACUUUAUUACAUGCAAGUUUUCAUUCACCAAAUUCAACUGAUGAAACUAAUAUUAAAUUUGGUGAUGGUGUUUAA